AUGAACGAGCCAACGAACUCCAAGUUGUCAGCCGAACUUUCGGCGAUUGACGAGCAACUUGCAGCUGUGGAGAAGGAGCUGCAGCAGCUGAGGCGACACAAGAAUGAGCUCACCGAGAAAAGAGCCGCGGUUUCCCUUUGCGUUUUUGAAGAAAACUGAAGAAGAGCCGCAGAUCCAACGGAGGAUCGAAAAUCGGUGCGGGGAAGACGACGCAAGUCUGGCGGAUCGGUGGGAUCGCGACGGAUUCCCUUGGACCGAAGAGGCCAAUCGCAUCUUGAAAGAGGUAAGGAGAGAAAAAAAGGAAUAAUAUCAGGUCUUGAAAGAGGUUUAGACCGAUAUAGACCCGCUUGCCUCCUUUUUUUUCGAAAAAAGGACCGUAGACCAAAAUUCGUUUCAAGACCUUUUUGUGCAAUUUUUUUAGAGAAUUAGUGCAAGAAAGGCUGUUUGUUCGGUGUGAUUUCAAGAAGGGCCCAUCUCAAGCGGAAAUUAAUGACAAUUUUGAAAGAGAGAAAGAGGGAAAAAAUUUCAAAAAAGGCGCUAAAGUUCCCUCUAAGCUUCUUUUUCUCAUCUUUUCAUCGGCUUUUUUAUUCCUCCUUUCCUGGAACUUGACAUGAACUCCUUAUAUCUUCUUGAAAAGGGGCGAUUCCGAUAAGAGCCACGAAAAAGAGCUGAGAGGUCAUUCAAAGACCUUUCUCAAAAAUAUCCUUCUGUGGGGCCUUCGGACUUUUUCGCUGAUACAACUUUUCUAGAACUUCCGCCUUGAUCAUUUCCGACCUUUGCAAAGAGCCGCCAUCAACGCCGUGAUGAGCAAAGAAGACGCGAUUGUCAUUUUGAGCACCGGCGGCGGAAAAAGUCUCUGUUACCAGCUUCCCGCUCUUCUCGCAAAAGGUUUCACGUUUGAAAUAUUGGAUUCAGAGCUCAUUUUGAGACAAAAAGUAAAGUAGAUUUUUUCUUUCGCCAAAUUUGAAAGUAGACUCUGAGCAAAGUCUUGGUUUUUUUUCAACGACUGAGAAGCUUCCAAAAAUAUAAUCAUUCCGCGCCAGCUUGUCACGAUUCUUAUUUUCGUCCAAAUUACAGAACUCUUCUCGAAAGCUUCCCUUUGAAGGCGCAUGACCUGCCUGUGCGCAUGCGCCUUUAAUAUAAAGCGGAUCUGAGGCCAAAAAAAAGGCGUAUGCGAAGAGGCAGCGCUUCAUGGAAGGGUUCUCACUCGGAAGAAAAUAAAAAACGUGCAAAGCUGGCGCGAAAUGAGCUAUAACACUAAAAAUGGCUCUUCGCUUCGAGACCUUCCGAGUCUUCCAUACACCUUUUUCUCCCAAAAUGAUUUUCUGACACUAUAUCCACAAUUAGAAAAAUAAUCAAUGUUGAAUUUUUAACCGGCUGAAAUUAAAGAAACAAUUUUUUCCCGGUCUAACUUUGGUCGUUUCUCCACUGAUUUCGCUGGUCGAAGAUCAGAUUCACCAGCUACGAAAAUUAGGAAUCGAAGCAGCGGCACUCAAUGCAAGUACCUCCAAAGAAGAGGUACCUGAUGAAGAAAAUCAAAAAAGAUUCCCUAUUUUAAGGCGAAACAAGUCGAAGACGCCAUUACUAACAAGGAUUCGUCGUUCCGGUUACUUUAUGUCACUCCGGAGAAACUGGCCAAAAGCAAAAGGAUGAUGAACAAACUGGAAAAGUCGCUCUCCGUCGGCUUUUUGAAGGUGAAAGAUGGAAAAAGAAGCUGAGGUCAAUCAUUAGUUGUGUUUUGAACAGAACUUCAAAAAAUGUCUCGUUCGGUACUUUAAUUUUUUUUUUUCGAGUUAUUCCAAAUUAUUAUUUUUUGUAGUGAAUCAUUUUUUAUGCCUUCAUCCUUGUUAAAUCAAAACCUUUACUCAAAAAGAAGUUCCUAUUUGUUUUUCAGAAUAGAAUAUUCAACGGAAAAAGUUUAGUCCAAAAGUUGAUGACCAUUCAUUUUAAUGUCAUGACUUUUGGGUAACAAAAUCGGAUUUCUUGAGCCUUCAACGGUGAAUUUUAUUUUCAGUUGAUUGCGAUUGAUGAAGUCCAUUGCUGUUCCCAGUGGGGACACGACUUCCGGACGGAUUACGCUUUUCUCAACGUCUUGAAGAGACAGUUCAAGUGAGUUUAAGAAAAGUCUCAGCAAGUCUUCGAAAAGUUCUAAACUCCACACAAAAACUUCCAUGUGAGCUCCAAAACAGCAUACAGCGCUCAGAAUUCGUGUCGGUAAGGAAGAAAUGAUGUUUGACCUCCCGAAAUUUCCACCAUUCUACUCAAAUUCUGCAAUGGGAAAACACUUUUUAGAUCCAUCCAUUGGAAUAUUGUUUCGCACUGCAAUAAUUCAUUGUAAUUACUGAAUAAAUUCCCGAAAAUACCAGCUAACCGACUAAAAGGGUUGUUCCGUUUUUCCUCAAAAGUUCUUUUCCGUUUCGGGCUAAAAAAAAAAGGUUUUCUGUUUUCAGUUUUCCGUGUAAAAAUCUAUUUUUAUCCGGAAAUUUGCAUUCCUGUGCAACCCUGCAGCUCAAAAAGAUAAUAAAAAAUAGCAUAGUUUCUCAUUUUUUUAUUUUUGCCAAUGAGGCCUUCAAGUUUAUUUCCCUCAGAGGAGUUCCAAUCCUCGGACUGACGGCCACAGCCACGGCCAGCGUCCUCGACGACGUCAAGGAGAUGCUGGGAGUCCAGGCGGCGAUCGUCUUCCGCGCCGGAUUCAACCGGCCCAACCUCACCUACGAGGUCCGACCCAAACCGGCUUCUGACGACGAUUGCGCGGCUGCCAUAGCUUCCGUUAUCAACAACCGGUGAUUCCUUAUUAUUUAAUAAAAAAAAAAAAAAAGCAAAAACAUUCUGGAAAAAUAAUUUCGAUUUAAAAACGCCCUGAGGCUGAGUAGAAUCACUCUAAACGUCGUUUUUUUCAAGCUGCUAGAGAGGAGUUCCACAUUUGGGCUCUAAGAAAGUGUCAAUUUGAAAAAAAUUGAUAUUUUAUUGGAAAAAUUCGAUUUCAGUUUGAGCGACCUCAUUCAUGCAAAAAGCUACAAAAGCCUGUUUCAUAUGAAUUAUGAAUGAUUCUAAUUUUUCUUCUAAAAAAAUAAUGAGUAUACCGUAUGAUGCCUACAGUUAUUAGCGCAUGUUGUAAAAAUGGGUCGGUUUUUUAUGUUGCAAAUGUUUUUCAAGUUUUCGAGUUUUAAGAGUUCUUUGGGCUUUAUCAGGGUGUCAAAGGCUUUAAAGUUCUUAUAUUUUCAUGAUAUGAUCAGGUUCGAAGUCAGUUUUUGAAGAUUCUGGUUGUUUAAUUUUUGAAAAUUCUCUUUUUUUUCUGAAUUUUCCUUUUUCGCCAAAAAAAUCCUAAUGAAAAUUAUUUCGCACAAUAUAUUCCGAUUUCAGGCCAAAAUAAAAAAAUUGACAUAAAGUUUAUUGAAAAUAAAACACAAAGAUCCUGUUCUGGGCCGCCAAUAUUGGAUUUUUCGAAACUUAAAACCUAACCAAAAUCCAGAAGUUUACACAGUUUGGACACUCAAACGACUUAGAACUAAAAAAAACUUCAACAAAUGGCCACUUUAAAAAAGUGACCGUGCCGACCGUCUUUCUCAGCAUGUCCAAACUUUUAAUUCAAACGGGUGCCGCAAAAAUUCGACGUGAAUCUGAAAAAAUUCAAGUUUCUGAAUAUUUGCUAUUGUUCGAAUAUUUUUUCAGGUUUAAGAACGAGAGCGGAAUCGUGUAUUGCUUGUCACGAAAUGACUCGGAAAAAGUGGCGGCCUCACUCAAGUUCGACCUUCCUCAGAAGGGAUACCAUAUCUGGGGUUUUCAGAAAACUAGGUAUCAAAGCGAAGCAUUACCACGCCCAUCUGGAGCCUCAACAACGAAGUCAAGUUCAUGAAAAAUGGCUCGCCGACCAAUUUCAAGUCAUCGUCGCCACCGUCGCUUUCGGUAUUUUUUUUUCUCACUAGGGAACUUUUUGACCUCCGAUGAAACUUUUGAUGAGGCUUGGCUUCACUUUAGGACCACGUGAGUUUAAAAAAUGAAAAGUAUUUCUAGCUUGCAAAAAAAAAAUAGCUCCCUAUUGUAACGGGUUCUGAAGAUUUUUUUUUUCAUUUUGAGGUCUUCUUACUCGAAUAAUGAUUUUGCAGGUUAAAGUUUCCAGAAUCUUAUUCGAAAAAAUCAAGGGGUUUUCUGGCCAAUUUUCAGGAGAAUUCUAAAAAAAAAGAUGUUUCUCGUAAGGUACAUUUCAGCCAAGUUUCCUCAAAAGUUCAACCGGCGGCCAGAAAAUUUUAAUUUUAUGAAAUAAAUCAGGGAUGGGUAUCGACAAGCCGGAUGUCCGCUUCGUCAUCCAUCACUCUCUGCCGAAAUCGGUUGAAAAUUAUUAUCAAGUGAGAAAGUUUUUCUUUUUGAAAUCUACGAGGGAAUCUUCAAAAAUGAGAGGUCGAGCGCCCUCUGGAUCCACAAAAAUUUUCGACUGUCUGCGUCUCUCUCUCUCUUCCCUCGUCAGCGAGGUCAAAAAAUCGUAAAAAUAGCAUAGAAACAUGAGAGGGUCAUUAAGAGAAGAGGAGGGCGCAGAGAAAAAAAAGCAGUUCCAAAAAGCGAAAAACGGACUGUACGCUUUCGAAUAUUUGAACACAGACCCGGCCUACAAUCAUCCGAACCUGAUCAUUCCGAACCAAAUCCGAACCAAGUGUUCAUCCGAACCUAAUCAUUCCGAACCAAUGGAGUAUUCAUUCCGAACCAAUUGA